AUGGGCACGCUGAUCGGCGUCGCGUUCAUGUGCGAGUUCCUGGUCUACGUGGCCGUGCGCCAGACCGUCCGGCUCUUCGAGACCCUCGUCUCCUGGCGGGCCCAGGAGGGCCGGGUGAAGCGGAAGCUGCAGGCGGCGGAGACGUACGAGGAGUGGAAGGCGGCGGCGCUCGAGCUCGACGGCCUCCUAGGCUUCGAGCACUGGAAACGCAGCUCGUCGAACGCCUACUACGACUCGGCCUCCGUGCGCAAGGUGGUCACCAGCCUCGAACGGCUGCGCGCCGCCGGGGACGCCGAGGCGCUCAUGGCCGUCCUGGAGGUCUGUCUGCGCGCGAACUUCGCAGGGAUCGAGUCGAUCCGGCUCUACUCCCAGACCCAUCUCGGCACGAAGACGUUGAUCGAGACCUACGUCGACGAAGUGGAAAAAAGCCUGGUCUAUCUGCGCCAGACGCGCGCGAUCUCGGGGCCGGAGAAGACGGUGUUUUUCCGGCGGGCGGCGAAGAACCUGGGGACGACGGCGCUGUGUCUGAGCGGCGGGGCGACGUUUGGAUUCUACCAUUUCGGCGUGCUCCGGGCUCUGCUGGAUGCGAAGUUGAUCCCGACAGUGAUCACGGGCACGUCUGCGGGAGCACUAGUCGCCGCGUUUCUGUGCACGCAUACGGACGAAGAGCUCGAGCGGCUUCUGGUCCCGGAACUAGCGGACAUGAUCACCGCGUGCGAAGACCCCAUCUCCGUUUGGCUGCCCAGGAUGAUCAAGACGGGGGCCCGGUUCGACACCGUGCUGUGGGCUAAGAAGUCUUCAUUUUUCACGCGGGGGUCGAUGACGUUCUUGGAGGCUUACGAGCGGACGGGGCGGAUCCUGAAUGUGUCUGUGAUCCCCCACGACGUGCAUUCGCCGACGACCCUGUUGAACUACACGACGGCGCCGAACUGUGUGAUCUUCAGCGCGAUCCUGGCCUCUGCGGCGGUCCCGAUGGUCCUGAACCCGGUGGUCCUGUUGGACAAGGGGAAGGACGGACAGGUGCGGCCGUGGCAGCUGCAAGGGAAGCACAAGGACGGCAGUCUGCGGGUCGAUGUCCCGCUCGAAAGCCUCCAUCUCUACUUCAACACCAGCUUCUCCAUCGUCUCCCAGGUCAACCCCCACAUCCAUCUCUUCUUUUUCCAGCCCAGAGGCGCCCCGGGCGAGCCAGUCGUCCACCGCAAAGGGAAGGGGUGGCGGGGCGGGUUCUUCAUGAGCGCGUUGGAACAGUACAUGAAGAUCGAGCUGAUCAAGAACCUGCGUGUGAUCAGGGAUCUCGAGCUGCUGCCGCUGCUCGGCGGCCAGACGUUCACGGCCGUCUUCCUGCAGAGGUUCGAGGGAACGGUGACGAUCUGGCCGCACUCGCGCUUCCGCGACUGGUUCAACAUCCUCACGGACCCCGACCGCGCCGAGCUGGCGCGGAUGAUCCGGGUCGGCGAGCGCGUGACAUGGCCCAAGAUCCGGAUGAUCGAGAACCGGCUGCGGAUCGAGCGGCAAGUGUUCCAGGGCCGCCAGGAGACGAAGAAGAGCCAGGAGCCCACGAUCCCUGCGGCAGCAGCGGCGACGGCGGGUCCGUCGGGAGUGUCGGGCUCGAUGGACGAGGCCGGGACGGUGUCUUGCGAGGGGAUGUCGGGCGGAGAGAUGGAGGGAGGCAGUGGCGGGGCGGGGGCGUACGGGACGGAAGACUCGGACAUGGAGCUGCGCCACCUGACGAGCCCGGACCAGCCGGCCCUGCGCCAGCUGCGCCUCCUCCGCGCCCGCCGCAGCCUCGACCGUCGCCUGUCCCACUCCGCUAACACCCGCGCCCUCCUCGCCGACCUCGCCGGCGCAGACGCCGAGGCUAGCUCCGCAGGCGAAGAAGAGCUCCCCCCCGCCCCGCUCGAGUUCGCCACGCGCGCCGCCGCUCGCAGACGCGACCCCAGACCUCCUGCGCCCGGCUCGGGCUCCGACCACGCGUAG